CGAGAUGGGAAUCUUUAAGGAAAUACCGUCUUCUUCGAGAUUUUCGAGUUUUGAAUCAAAGCAAGACAAAGAAAAGUUGUCAAAAUCAGAGAUUACACCGUUUUCACACAUCCCUACUAUCCGUACCAGGUCCAUGAGUGACCGGUUGAGCAUGGAAACAAGCUUUCUUAGUUCUGGUUCUUUCUCGCCGGACUCGGUCCUCUUCUCCCCGAAGCUCCAUCCAGUUCUUUCUGGCAAGGAAAUUACAGAGGAAAACCUAGAAAGAAGCCGAGCAAUCGAAGAAAUUACACAUAGGAAGAAGAUGGCUUCUAGGAGGAGAAGUAUGAAAAUGAAAAAGUGGGCGAGCAAGAGUUUGUCAGAGUUGGAAUUCGAAGAGCUAAAAGGGUUUAUGGAUUUGGGGUUCGUUUUCACCGAGGAAGAUAACAAUGACUCUAGAUUGGUCGAGAUUGUUCCGGGAUUGCAGAGACUGGGGAAGAAAGAGGAUGAAAUUAAACAGAGUGGAAAGGAAGGAGGAGCUGCAGUCUCUAGGCCUUAUCUAUCAGAAGCAUGGGAAGUAGAGGACCGAAAAAGGAAGGAGAAGGCAUUGAUGGAUUGGAGUGUCCUUGAUUUGAGCAAUGAGAUUAACAUGAAAGAUAAUCUCAGAUGUUGGGCUCACACUGUUGCAUCCACAGUUAGAUGAAAGAUUGAAUUCUGAAUUUUUCUAGGGUUGAUUACUUAGAUUCUCUCUUUUUUUUCCUUUGUAUUUCCACGGUAAUUUUGUUUUUGGCAAAUCUUUGGGUUUGUUUCGUUCUCUUUUGUUUCGGUUUAUUGUCACUGUGAAAAUGUGAAUAGUUAGAUAUGGCUAGCAUUUUAUUUUCAUCGACAUAGGAAAGGUUUCAAUAUAUGGGGAUAAGUUGA